GCGGAAGCUUGCGUGCUGAAUGACACAGAGACUAAGAAAACGAUAAUAAACUGCAAAAUGAUUCAAAAGAUUUUAAUCGAAAGCAAACAAAAAUUCUCUGACAAUCAGAAAACAAAAAAAAAUCAGAACAACUCUUAUCUUCUUCACGAGACUGACUAAACAAUCAUAGAUUUUUCCGUUUUUUGGGUUUCGUCUGGUGUUACUCUCUCCUUCUGAGUUAUGGUGAAAUAAUGGCAGCAGCUGAAGCAAGAGCAGUGUGGCAAAGAACAGUUAAUCGUUGCUUUGUCCAAGAAGACGCUAAAAGAGCUCCCAAGUUAACUUAUUGCCAAUCAUCUUCAUCCUCAACUGCUUCUUCAACUAAGCAAGUGGAAGUUUCUGGUUCUUCUCCUCGAGUUUCUGUUGAACCACGGACUCAAUCAUCUUGUGCAGGUUUCAUGCCUCUUCCUCGAAACCCGAAUUUCCCUGAUCUGUUACCCCACAACACCAGACUGUGGAGUCAUCCUCAUCAUCAGUUUCAGGUGAAUAAGAAGCAGCCAUUGGAGGAUGAGGUUAACAAUCAAGGUGUAUCUGAGAAGAAGUCUGAAUUGGGAGCUGGAGAGAAACAAGGAAAGUCUUUUAAUUCCGAAAGCUUUCAAGAGUUUAUAGAGUUGAUGGAGACAAGGGAGAGUUAUGGUUCAACUGGGUAUGAUGAGUCCUCUGAGAAAAAGUUAAGUGAGCUCUCUUUUGAUCCUAGCUCGCCGUGGAAUCUUCUCUCGAGUGAGAAAGCUGCACCGUGGUGGCGAACUACGGAUAAAGACGAGUUAGCUUCCUUGGUUGCACAAAGAUCUCUAGACUAUGUUGAGAAUUGUGAUUUACCAACACCGCAGAAGAUGAAACGAUCUUAUUAUGGUAGUCCACGUGGUUUUGAUUCUGAUGGAUUGAGAGACUACUCUGUCUCUGGCCAAACCAUCAAGGGUACAAGCAAAGGAAGCAGCUGCAAGAACAGACCCGAGGCUUCAUCUGAGUCUGAUUUAAGCAAAUCCGAGCUUCUAGAAGCACUGAGGCGUUCGCAAACGCGGGCUAGGGAAGCGGAGAAUAUGGCUAAAGAAGCUUAUGCAGAGAAAGAGCACUUGGUGAAGAUAUUGUUGAAGCAAGCCGCAGAGCUUUUUGGGUAUAAGCAAUGGUUACAACUGCUUCAGCUAGAAGCACUUUACCUCCAAAUCAAGAACAAGGAGAUUGACAAUAAGAACAACGACGAUCCAGGGGUUUCCAUCCCUUGUUGGAGCAAUGGCAAAGCAAGAAAAGAGGGGAGAAAGAGAAGAAGCAAAAGGGGUAAACCGAAUGGAGCAAAGUACGCGGUUGGUUUAGCAUUGGGGAUGAGUCUUGUUGGUGCUGGUUUGCUUCUUGGAUGGACUGUUGGAUGGAUGCAGAUGCUAUCGUUCUAGUUUAAAGAGAAGAAAAGAGACAAAACUUCAUCUUUUUUCUCAUUGAACAGCUUGAUGAUGUUGAAAUGAGUUAAAAGAUUGGCUUCGAAUCAGCUUUUGGAUUUCGUUAAGGAGAGAAUGUAAAUUGUUGUAAGAAUUUUGUUAAUAUUGUGUUUACUAGUUUGAUCUUUUCCUUCAAAAAUCAUAUGAAAUUAUCUUCUUUAAUGUGUAAGUAAGUAUCUUUCAUGUUCAUGUAAUAUCUGCAUAUAUUAACUACUGUACAGUGUAUAUGAUCUUUCUUUCAUGUUCCUAGAGCUUCGAUUU